AUGGUAUCCGAUCGUGUUGUGAAGCUCUGCUCCGAAUCCGCUACAGUUAGCUCAGUAUGGGCUGAGAAUCCGACUGUAGCGCCGAGCAUCAUCAUCGAUCGACUUUACGGGCACUAUCCACGAGACCGCACCUGCGAGCCACAAGCACGACGACAAGCAGCUUCUCCAAAAGAGCAAACUGACGCGGCGAAAUGCGGUAAAUGGGGACCGACAGCACCGAGUCCUUUAUUCCUCCAAGCCUUUGCGAAUGCGCUCAACUGCCUGGAUGCUGAUCCGCAGUCUGCUGUGGUGUCGCCUCCAUUAAUGGGGUCUCACGGUACAAUGCCACUCACAGUGAUUACGCCGUUGGCCGAUGUCAUCCGGCACUGCGCGAAUCUUAUUGCGUCUGCAGAAAAAGAAAUCUUCUUUGUGACCUGCGUAUGGUCGCCGUCCUUGGCGCAGAAGCUCAUCCGAGGCGCUCUGAUGGAGCUUUCUCGACGAGCCCAAGCGAGGAACCAGCGCGUCAAGGCUCAUUUCAUGUAUGAUGCCGCGGGGCUGUCGAACCUAUCGGAUUCUCAUCGCAGGUUGACCCCAAAGUCAUACGCGGCCAAAUCGGUCGGCUUGCCCUCACCAGAAGAGAUCCCCCACGUGGACCUGGAGGUCAUGAACGUGCAUACUAUCCCGUUGGGCACGCUUCACUCCAAGUUUUGUGUGGUGGACGGAAAACGUGCUUGCAUUAUGAGCAAUAACAUGGCUGACAAUGACAACUUGGAAAUGAUGGUGCAGUUGGAAGGGCCGAUUGUGGAAAGUGUCCGUGAUGCGGCCCUCAUCACAUGGUAUGAGCAACUGAGAGAAACAGACGCACCGGUUGCUGGGCAGAUACCGUCCACGCACCGUACAGACAUCUCCCAAGACGGCAGCCGGGCGGACAUUGCACCGUUGCCGGAAACAAAACAGGCCGGCAUUGCAUCCCAGAUCGACCCAUCGCAUCUGCCUGUUCACAUGCCGGAUGAUGCCCAUUUCGACCUCCAUCUGGCCGACGAGGUUCUCAGAAUCCAGAGAAACUACCACAGGACCGAGGGAGAACGACACGUCGACGCCGCCAACCGAGUCCUGAACCUAGCCACCAAAAAGCCUGUUGCGCCCACCGGACCAGACUUUUCCGACGAGGAAGCAAUGACACCCUACAUCAUGACAGAAACGCAACAACAAGUUCCGAUGGUGCUUGUGUGCAGGCCCCCGUACGGGAGUUUUGGAUCCAGGAAUGCGUAUGUCCCGCAGAAUGAAGCCUGGCUGUCACUCAUUCGAAACUGCACCAGCGACAUCUUCAUUCAAACCCCGGACCUCAACGCAGCGCCGCUCCUCCCUGCAAUCCUCGAUGCAAUACAUCGCGGGGUCAAGGUGACUAUAUAUACCUGUUUUGGAUACAACGAGGCCGGCGAAAUGAUCCCAGGUCAGGGCGGCACCAACGAGCAAGUUGCAACCUCGCUGGUGGACUCGCUUUCACCAGACGGCCAAGCGCGAUCCUUGCUGCAAAUCUACAACUACGUCGGCAAGGAUCAAGAUCACCCUAUUCACCAGUCUUUCAAGUCCCGUUCCUGCCACAUCAAGCUACUCAUUGCGGAUGGCAGAGUGGGCAUACAGGGCAGUGGGAAUCAAGACACGCAGUCGUGGUUUCAUAGCCAAGAAGUGAAUGUCAUGGUAGACAGCCAGUCUAUUUGCGAAAAAUGGAGGGCCUGCAUUGACAGGAACCAGAACACAAAACUGUUUGGCCGGGUUGCGGAAGACGGGGUUUGGAGAGACAAGAGCGGCAAUCCUGGCGAGGGCUACUCGGGCAACCCAGGAAUAAUAGGUGGCCUGUUCAAGGGUGUGCUUGGGAUGAUUCGAAAAAUGGAGGGAGUUGGUGGAUUAUGA